AUGGAGGAGAACAGACUUAGAAGGGACAUGAUGUCUGUCUUCGGAGGCGUGCAGGAGUGUGAAGUGGAAGCCCUCAUUUGUGCAGUGAAUGAGGAUAUCCUAGCCCUGGGCACGCUGGGUGGGAGAGCUGUCCACUCCUGCCGGAUGCUCAGCCCCUGGCGCGGCUGCCGCUCACCGCCCCGCCCCACGCUUUAUCGCCUCGGUCCAGGCACCCUCCAGCUGCUAAUCUCAGUUGCUCGGGGGCGUGGGCGAGGUAACCUGUAUGGUCCCAGGGCCCCAGAUGCGGCAGCACAUCUGUGGGGCUGCUCGGGCCGCGCAGGCGCACAGGGCAGCGAGGGAAGUUCGAAUGGCCGCAAUGGGACCGUGGACAGCGGAUGGCCCCGGCUCUGCCGGGCCGGGGAGAGGCUCGAGCGCUGCCACCCCGGGACUGGCUCGGAGGCUUCGAGAGGCGCUGCAGGACGGGAAGGCACGGUGAGGGCCGGAUCGCUGCACCCCCUCCUGCGCUGCCCGGGGCUGGGGGCCUUCCGCUCAAAGGCGGGAAGGGCUGGGGAGCUCGGGACUCUGCUCCCCCUGGGGCCCGGGGCUCGGCCGGGGGCGGGCUCUGGAGCCCGAUCCAGGCUCGGCUAUCCGGCCGGGACCCUGGCUCCAGUCCUAGGGUUCUCUGCUCCCUGUAGGGAGGUGGAAUCGCUGCUGGGGCUUGGGGCUGACCCCAACCUGGUGCUACCGGACGGCGUAGCAGCCGUCCACCUGGCGGCGGGGAGCGAGCGGGAGAACGGCCUGCAGUGCCUGGCUGUGCUGCUGCAGCACGGAGCGGACCCCAAUGCCCGGUCGGAGGAUGCCCUGACCCCUGUGCAUGUAGCUGCAUCCUGGGGCUGUUACAAGUGCCUAGAACUCCUUCUGAGACAGGGAGGUGACCCCGAGCUUCAGGACCAGGAUGGGAAACGAGCGCUGGACCUCGCCCUGGAGCAGGGCAACGAGGAGUGUGUUGAGAUUCUGAGGGAGCAUGCUGGCUCCAAAGAGGUGCCCCUCUGUCAAGCCCUUUGCAAAGGGGAGGAUCAAGGCAACGACUUCUCAGCCCUGAAUGGAGAUGACCUUGACACCAGCAUCUGGGGACUUUCAGACGUGACAUUUAGCCCGAGGUCUCUGGGCAGCAUAGUCAGACACCAUCCGGACGGGAGUGAGGUGGAGAGCGAAGCUUUGGAGGCUGGGCGCACCCUCCCAAGACAGACUCUCCCAGCUCAUUCUCAGCCCUCACACUGGAAAGAACUUGGGCUAGAUAAUGGCUUCAGCUUCCCUGCACCCUUCUUUCCCCAACCCACUUCCCCACCUUCCCCAACUCCUAAGUUGGGCUCUGUGUCCCACUUGCCACUGAAUAACAUCUCCCCAGAUCACAGCUGCCUCUGUCACCCAGGACCAGACUAUUCCUGGGAAGAUCAAGAUGAGACAGUCCCCAACUCUCUCCCUGCUGAUAUGGGCACCUCCUCUAGCGACUCCUUCCUCACUGCAGUGGAAGCCUUUGGCCCUGAUGCCCAGGUGCCCAAUGCUGUCCCCUCCAGCCCCAUCACCCCAGAUGCCACUGGGGCUGUACCAUCUCAGCCCAGGAAGGGUGGGAGUGGGUCCCAAUUAGGCAGCAUGGCAGGGACCAGCCCCACCCUAAUAGCGCCCUUGGAUAUGUGUUCCCCAGAUAGCAGGGCUCCCCAGACAUCAGGGCCCCCCAGGAAGGAUCUGGCUUAUGCAGCCCUGAGAGCUGAGCUCAGGGCCAUGAUACUGAAUGCUGGGAACUCCCAGCCCUCUCUAGAUGAGUCACACGUGUUACCAGCCAGUAGGGACUCUGUGAUCCAUCUGAAUGCUCAGCUGAGAGGACUGGUUCUGGGUUCCCCCCUAGAGCCCCAAGAUGUUACCACUAGGACACCCUGCAAGGUCCAGGGUUUGGUCUCCCACAAUGGUGAGGGCAAAAGCUCCUUCGUUUCUGAUGAGAGUGUGGAGCAGGGCCCACCCCUGAAGAUGCUGCCCAGAAGGUGUGGCCCAGGCUCUGUAAACAAUGGGAAUCCCAGGGAAGGAAAGUACCUAACCCUGGACAGUUUAGAAGAGGCUAGAGCAGUUCCCCUCACCACUCAGACUGACAACUUGGUAGCAUUCACAGAAGAUGUCCCAUUUAAUGAAUUCCUGACUGAUGACAAGACUUCCCAGAGUAGUGAGGAUGGGGCUAGCAUGUGGCUGACAGAAGAUGAUGAAGAUGAAGAGGACCACAUCCCUCAAGGCCUCAGAGCCGGUUCCUGCUGGAAUUCCAUCAGGAAGCCUCCAGAGCCACCUGUGGUCCAUCCAAUCCUGCAUCCUCAACUGCUCCCCAUGGAACAGUCCCUGCAGCCUUCUGGGCCAAAGCCUACAGAACCUCUGCAUACUGAUCCCAAGCCUGGGCCCAGUGUCCUUGACCAGCCUCUGUUGCAUGCUGAGGACACAGUCACAGAUGGACAAUGUAGCUGUCACUCAUCCACACCCUUCCCAUCAGGAGACCCUUCCACCCUGUCCAACCAGGAGCUGCUGCAGCAUCUUCGGGCCCUUGGGGAGAGCCCAGGCCCUGUCACUCCCUUCACCAGACAACACUACCUGAAGCGACUGAAGGAGGGGCGCCCUGGGGGGCCAGCUGCCCCAGCAGGGCACAGCCCAGAGCUGAGCCAGGCCCUGCAGACAGGCUGUGUCCCUAAUGCUCAGGAUGAUGAGGAUGUCAUGGCCCAGCAGUUUGACCAGCCAGACCCAACCCACAGGUGGCGUGAGGGGAUUGUUAAGUCAAGUUUCACCUACCUGCUGCUGGACCCCAGGGUGACCCAGAACCUGCCCUCCCGAUGCCACAUCUUGAGCCCAGCUGAAUGCUUCCAGACCUUUACUCAUGCCAUCUUCUACGUGGGUAAGGGCACUCGGGCUCGGCCAUACUCCCACCUCUCCGAGGCCCUGCGCCAUCAACGGAACAGGCAAAAGCAGACUUGCCCCAAGGUGCAGCGCAUCCUGGACAUUUGGGCAAGUGGCCACGGUGUGGUCUCCCUGCACUGCUUCCAAAACGUCAUUGCAGUAGAAGCCUAUACAAGGGAGGCGUGCCUCGUGGAUGCCCUUGGGAUGCAGGUGCUCUCCAAUCAGAAGAAAGGCCACUACUAUGGUGCCGUAGCAAGAUGGCCACCUCAUCGGCGCAGACGGCUGGGUGUACACCUGUUGCACCGGGCUUUGGGCAUCUUCCUGGCAGAGGGAGAGAGGCAGCUUCGGCCCCCGGACAUCCAAGUGAGUACCUAAGUGGCAGCAUCAAGCUCUGGAUGUUGAAACUGAGCCAUGAAUGGCUCCAUCUCUCAGAGAUACAGGCCUGAGAGACCAUCAGACAUCCAUGCCCUCAGACAAGAAGACUGGGCUCUGAGUGUCACCUGAGCAGCUCCAGCCUCUCCCAGAUGUGCAGGCCUGAGGAACCCCAAUUCACUCCAGACAUUGACCAGCCACGAAAGACAGUAUUGACAGCUUCCAAGGAAACGGCUCUGAGUUACAUCUCCAACUACUGGGAGCCACCCAUCCGAGGCUUUGCUAGGAGCUGAGCUUACAACAGGUGGUCAGCUCUGAUGAUUCAGCAGCCCUCAUUUCUGUGCCUUAUGCCCCCAACUGCAGCUCGGACCAGUCACAAUGUCCCUUCAGCUGUCCUGUGUCUCUUUUUCUGUGGGAAUGCCACUCCUGUACUUCAGUGGGGCCGAAAGGUCUCUUCCAGGGGGAUGGGGGCCUGGCUACUGUCUUCCCUCCCAAUUCCUGGCUCUGGGGAUACAGGCCCCAGUACAUCCAGAUGUUAGUGCUGUUAGUGGCCAAAAGGUUUUCAACAAGGUCUUGUGACAUUGAUGAUGGAGAUAUUAGUCACAGAAUCCUAGCAUACCAGUGGCGGGAGGGAUCCUCUCCACCCACUUCAUUUUAUAGGUAAGAAAACUGAGCCCCAGGAAGGAGAAGGGACUCACCCAAGAAGAUGAAGCUUAUAAAUCAAAUAACAAUGCCACGACUCAGAGUCCAGACUGCGAGCCCACUUGAGCACCUUUUUAUCCCUAUUUACAGAAGCUGGUACGAUUUCUUCCAUGAAGAACCUGAAUCUCAGUGAUUUGCCUAACGCCGCACAGCUAGUCCCAGUUCUGGAGCUUUGUUUUGCUUUGUUUUUUUUAGGCAGUUGGGGUUAAGUGACUUGCCCAGGGUCACACAGCAAGUGUUUGGUUG